CAUCACUGAACAGUUGUCGUCUGGUCGUCAUAAUGAAGUCAAUCUCAUUUUUGUCGAACCGUCGGGGCUCGACCAGGUCCACUUCCUGUGGGGCCGCUUCUGGAAGAAAGAGUUCAUCAUAAAGAGUCCCUCUUUCUCCAUGAAGUCGGCCAGCUGCUGGCCCCUUGGGUUCCGUUGCCCUAUUCCAAAUUUCCCUACUUUCAGCUCACCGUUCUCUCUUGUGCCUAGUUUUGCAUUGAAGUCUCCCAUUAACACCGUAUAUUGGGUUUUGGAGGAAUGCAUGGCUCUAGAGAUAUCCUCAUACAUUUCCUCCACCUCCCCAUCAGGGUGUGCCGAGGUUGGUGCGUAAACCUGUAUGACCUUCAGCGAAUACCGUUUGGUGAUUCUGAGUAUAAGGUACGCAACCCUCGUCGACACACUCCCGAUCUUUACAACGUUGUUAACGAGAGACUUGUGGACGAUAAAUCCGACACCUCCUUGGGACAGAUGGUCGCCCUCCCGGUGAUAGAGCAAGUUGCCGGAUUCGAGGAUUACCGUGUCCUCCCCCUCUCUUCGGACUUCGGAUAAUCCUAUAAUAUGCCAGCGCAACUUGUCUAUCUCUUCUUCCAGCUCCACAAUCUUCUCGUCAGUCCUCAGGGUGCGUGCGUUGUACGUUGCCAGGUCGAGUCGUCUAAGGUGGCAACCGAACCUCCACCGGAGAUUCUUAGCACCCCCUGCCCCGCCGUUACCAUGGUCGCCACCGUAGCCAGGAAUAGCGGGGCCGCCGGGGACUGGGGGCCGUCUCUUCGUAACUUUCAUUAGGGGGGGUAUAUUGCCAUAGUUGCCACGCUUGGCGAGCGGGUUGGCAACCGCAGUUUUUUUAUUGUAAUUUUGGCUAUUAUCAGGAAGAUAUGGGGUAGUGGUAUUCUUGACCGCCACUACACGGCCACGGUAUUUGGCCUAUCUGGCCUAAAUUACUAUCCGGCUGGAUACCGGACAACAAAUGACUAUUCGGCCGGAUACCGGAUUAAAAAAAAAUACAUAAUAUCACAUUUAGUUAAGUACCUUAUUUAAGCCUCAUAAGAAAUAUAAUCAGUAGUCACAAAAUUUUAAUAUCAAAACUUAGAAAAUUAGUACUCAUACUGCACUAAAGGCAAAUUAUGGGGAAUAAGUACUAAUUUGUAUUUAAACUGCAUAGAAAGGUAACAUGCAGUUUCACCUGUCUUCAUAAACAAGGCUUGUUUCAGAAAAAAGUAUUUCGCUGUACACACUGCUGCAGGGUGCUGAAAGACAGAUUUUGGGAAACUUUGAUAAAUUAGGGUAUUGUGUAGCAUUAGCUGCCCACCAAAUACAAGAAGGGUCACGAUUGUGUGCAAUUCUUCAAAAUUGCAAUUGAUGUGUAAUGAGCUUAGCGAAAUACAGCUGACUCUGUCUCCUCUCCUCUGCUAUUUUUAGCCGGUGUUGAAGAUGAACUGCUAGUCCAAUAGAAUUUCCUGGUGAGCUCUUUCAGCUUCUACGCGAAAUACCUGAACGUGGCCCGAGUCACGCGUGCACACGAUCGCCACCACUAGUGCCACAUAUGCAAGUUCACUUUUUGCGAUGAACUUCAGAAUAUUCGGCUAUCUGGCGAUAAGAGUGGCCAAAUAUCCGGUAUCCCGCCAAACAGCUAUCCGUUUCAUCUCUUACACAUAAUAAGGUUUUAUUAAGUAUAGCUAGUAUUAGUGUAGAUAAACUUAUGUAGUAUACUGUUUUAUUUAUGUUUCUAAAACACAGUUGUUGGUUUGCAGGGUGCACUAAAAAGUCCAAAGUGUUAUAGAUUUUUAAGAAAAAUAUUCAUCUUACCGACUCCACAAACUCUCACAAAACUUUUAAACCAUGCAAAUAUAAAGCCUGGAAUAAAUAAAAGAAUAUUUGCUCAGAUAAAGAUAGCUACAAAAAAGUUUAAAGUUGAAGAGAGACUGUGCAUUGUUUUAUUUGACGAAAUGACAUUGAAAGCCAAUUUAACUUAUAAUGAGCGAAAAGAUAAGGUAAUUGGUUUCGCUACUGAUGGGCGGAAAACCAGACCUGACUAUGCUGAUCAUGCACAAGUGUUCAUGGUACGGGGAUUGAUAAAAAAUUAUAAACAACCCGUAUCGUACACAUUUUCUGCAGGAACUACAAGUGGACCGGAAUUAUCAGUGCAACUCAAAGAAGUAAUUAAAGAAUUACAGCGGGCUGGCCUUAUUGUGAUAGCAACAGUGUGUGAUCAAGGCACCAAUAACAGGCAAGCCAUUAAACUUUUAAUUCAGGAGACAAGAGGGAUUUUCAUAAAGUCUGGACGAGAACCUGUAGAAAAUAUGUUUCUUGUCAAUGAUCAGGAAGUCAUUCCACUGUUUGACCCUCCACAUCUAAUAAAAUGCAUUCGCAAUAAUUUAUUAACUAAAAACCUGACAUAUGUAGCAAGUGACAAGCAGUUGCGAACAGCAAAAUGGCAACAUGUUGAAUUGUUACUCAAAGAAAACCCUGGAUACAAAGGUAUAAGACUAAUGCCAAAGCUUACAGACAAUCAUGUCAUACUGAAUAAAAUUUCCAAAAUGAAGGUCAAAUAUGCCACACAAAUCUUCAGUCAAACAGUAGCAUCUAAUAUGGGAUAUUUAGCAGACAAAGGAAUUCUCCCUGAAGAAUGUAAAGAGACAGCUGAUAUUCUCCUUUUUUUUGAUCAACUAUUUGAUUCAUUAAACGGGAGCUAUACAAAACUGAAACAACAUGGAAAGCCAUUACUUGGACCUGCAAGACCAAAUUCUAGUCACAAUAAUGUAUGGAAUAAAGCUAAAAUUGAAUUGAGAAACAUGAAAUUUACAAACAUUGUAACAGGUAAAACUGAAAAAGUCCCUACUUUGGAAAAUUGGGUAUGGACACUAGAUGGUGUUCAAAUACUUUUAAAUAAAUUAAAAAACGAUUAUGGCGUAACCUCUGUUUGGAUGCGGCACCUAAAUCAAGACCCUAUAGAAAACUUUUUCGGGGCUAUUAGGAGCCAUGGGUGCCGCAAUACAAACCCCACAGCAGAAAGGUUUGAAAGUGCCUACACCAGCUUAUUAAUAAAUAACAUAUCAAGUGUCCAUGCCCCUGGGGCAAAUUGUGAAAAAGAUUAUUGUGAAGUUUUAUACACCCUCAUCAUAGAUGACUGCCAGGCCACGGUGACCAGUGAAGUUGAGAGCAUACCCACAGUGCAAGUAACUGACUUAAAUGAAAAAAAAAAAGAUCCUCGCGUGUUAGGCGCUGUACAAUUUGUGAGCGGAUAUUUUGUACGCAGUGCGAGGAAAAAGAUAUUUAAAAAUUGCCAGCAAUGCACUAAAGACAUGGUUGCCUCUCAAGAAAAUGAGUAUAUUAAACGCCGAGAAUAUGCUGGCAAACGUUGGCUUGUCAGUCCUUCCGAAUCUCUCCUCUCUUGCAUAUCUGCAAUGCAAGAUAUUACCAAUGAAAUUUUAAAACGUAAUUUAUAUUAUGAAAAUAUGAAAGAAUUCAUAAAAACAAUAAUACUUCUGCAUAUAGAAUUUGAUUUUUUAAAUUGUAGUCGACACAAAGACAAAGUGAUAGAAUUUGUUAUCAAUUUAUCUUGCAGAUUUUUCAUAAAUAAUUACUGUAAAGAUAUUAACAAAAUAUUAAAAGGGAGGAGAGACUCCAAUGAUGAUGAGGAUGUAUUUCAAAUAAAGGCGAAAAAAUAUUUUCAUAAGUGUUUUAAGAGACGAAAUAAAUGAUCAAUUU